AUGCAGACAACAGUAACGAAGAGGGUUGCCCGCAUCGAGGCCCACCUUACGCCCAAAAUCGUGCGCGGACUGGAAGAUGCGGCGGUCGAGAUUGCGAGGUGCGCUGCUGCCCUCGACCUGCCCGACGUUUCGAACGGUCCUGCGGUGAUGGCCAGCGAGCGGUCUCAGGCCAGCUUCAACGUGCGCGAGCUCACCCAUCUCCUGGACGGCGGCGAACGCGGAACCCAGCGCAAACACGCCGCCUACGAGCUCGUACGCAACGAACCCGUCUUCAUCGACCCGGGCUACUAUGACCGCUCCCGCGACGAGG